GCUUUCCAUGAGGAAAACGAUGCUGCUGCGGCUGGAUGUGGGUCCUUGCCACCGGAGGGGGGAGGCAGCACAUCCCUCCCUGCCCGGACAACGGGCUCCAGCAUGGGCACAGCACAGCUGCCGUUAGUAGGGGCUUAAACCCCCCCCCCCUUUCCCUGUGCUCGGGUGGGACAGAGCAACCAGCCGCUAUCAAAUGAGAUAAACCGGUAUCAAACGCAAUUGACGGGUAUCAAACGCAAUUAACGGGUAUCAAACGCAAUUAACGGGUAUCAAACACAAUUAACCGCUAUUAAACGCAAUUAACCGCUAUUAAACGCUCGUAGCUGAUCUCCACCGCAACCAAGCCCCCCGAUAGAGCUGCCCGAGCCCUAUGGAAUGCCUUUAGCACAGUUGAUGGCCCCAGUUCACUCCCCGCAUCCCACUAUUCCCGAGGUAACCAAUUGUUCCCUCUGUGUUCCAUGAUUCCCAUCGCAGGUCUGAGGAAGCAACUUCCUUCAUCGCAAAGGAGCCCAGAGCAAAGCAAGGCUGAAAACUGCCUUUGGGACAGCAAGGAGCUCAUCCUACAUUAACUCUUACCCGAAGUUGAACGGAUUGAAGCACUUAAAGCGCUCGAUCGUUCGCAUUGAAACACCCCAAGGAGCGGAUUGACGUUUUCCCUGCAAAUCCCGUUUCCAUGCGGUUCCUUUAAGAGAUAGGACUCGUAACCUGAAACAGCUCCGCACCCAGACGCGGCUUCUUAACCCGGUUUGGCUCCAGUUUGUGGGUUCGUGGCCAAAACGUUCCCUUCCUUACGCAACAGCCCUGCCGCUCCUCCUCCUCUGUGCCAUGGGAAUGCUUUGGGACCAGAGCAGGAUCGGGUCCCGCACAGGUGCCGGAGCUGAAUGCGCUCCAAGAGGAGCCGGUUGAGUACAGGAAGGGUCGCUCCGUGCGGAUCCUCUGCCCCAUGCCGGGGAUGAAGGAAGCCUCCAUCCUCCUCCUCCGCGCCGGCAUCGCGCUGCUGGUCCUGCCCAUCCACAUCCUGGCCUUGGUGGGUCUAUGGCAGCCGUUCUGCAGGAGGGUUUUCUUCCCCUUCUUCUUCAACAGGUUCAGUGCCAGCUACGAGAGGAAAGCCAAGGGGCAGAAGCAGGAGCUGUUCCGCAACCUUCCCGACUUCAGGAGCGGCUCCGGAGACCUGAAGCUGCUGGAGAUCGGGACCGGCUUCGGUGCCAACUUCCAGUUCUAUCCCCCGGGAUGCAAGGUCACCUGCACCGAUGUCAAUCCCAGCUUCCAGCAGAACCUCCUGAGGAGCAUGGCCAAGAACCAACACAUUUCCUAUGAGCGGUUCCUUCUGGCUCCAGGGGAGGACCUGCACCAGGUACCCAGCGGCUCCAUGGAUGCCGUGGUCUGCACCCUGGUCCUCUGCUCCGUGCACAAGCAGAGCAGCAUCCUGAAGGAAGCGCUGCGGGUGCUCCGGCCGGGAGGCGCUUUCUACUUCCUAGAGCACGUGGCCGCCGAGCGUUCCAGCUGGAAGCACUUCUGGCAGCAGGUCUGGUAUCCCACUUGGAAGCUCCUCUUUGACGGAUGCUGCCUCACCAAGGAGACGUGGAAGGCUCUUGAGGAGGCCAACUUCUCGGAGCUGCACCUCCAGCACACCACGGUCGCGCUGCCCUGGACUCCCACUCAGCCUCACAUCAUUGGCUAUGCUGUGAAGUAGCUCAGCACCCUGCCAAGCCUCCUCUGCCUCCCUGUAAUCAGCACAGCAUCACCUGCAGCCCACAGUGAGAGCCCUGGUUUCGAUACCUGAGGAGCUCGUGAGGCUUAAGGCUUUAUUCCAAUAAAGGGAGAUCCUCACCGUGUUCAAA